CCGUCAGUGUCGCCAGACUCGUGUGCUCUGAGUUAUCGGCUUUAUCGGUUUUCGAGAUCGGUAGUGCGUUAUUAGAAAUAUUCAAAUAAAAUCGUUAAUUAUCGUAGUGUACUUUUGACAGAUACUGUACCACAGUUGAUAAGCAUCGCAGAUAAGGAUAUUCAAAAGUCAUCUGUUUACGUAUGUGAAUCUAAGCCCAGAUUUUCUAUCUGACGCGUAAAGUUUGAUUAAAAACCUUAUCUGCAACAACUCAAUUCCUACGGCAAAUCUGAACUCGAUAGACGUGUAAAAGAAUUUUUUUUAAAAAGCGUAUUAUGCGUUCGUAUAUACAUAAUAAGCGUCUGACAUAGACGAUAAACAUCGAGAAAGAGAUACUACUGCGUUGGUCGGAUGAAUAUUGAGGAAAGAACAUUUAUCAUCGGAGCCUCUCACCAGAACGAACUGUUUGCAAAUAUUCAUCGGAUAUUGUGUAGUCAGUUUUGACUGUGUAGUGAGCGAAGUUACUCGUGUAGUCGAGCGACGAGAUGCUGUCGAGACAUAUAAUCGUACGUUUCGCGGUGCGCCAGAAUGUGGAGAGUGACUCCAGGCACGCGGCUAUCGUUCUCCAAAAGCGUCGGCACUCCGUAUCUACCGCAGCGGCUCUCCCACUGCCGGACAAGCCGAAACUCUCAUACCUGCGCAACCCGGGCAGCAGACCCCUCCUGGAGACGACGAUCGGCAAGCUCCUGGAAACUGCCGCCGGAAGAUGGCCCGAGCGCGAUUGCGUCAUCUCGAUCCACCAAAGCUCCCGACUGACCUACGGGGAACUCCUUCUCCGAGCCGACAAGCUCGCCGCAGGCUUAAAAAAGCUGGGCCUCCGCAAGGGCGACAGGAUCGGUAUCUGGGGACCGAACGAGAUCGAGUGGCUCAUCAGCUAUAUGGGAGCCGCCAGAGCCGGUCUCAUAGUCGCCGGUAUCAACCCCUACUAUCAGCUCGGUGAACUGCACUACUGCCUGAAAAAAAUCGGCGCCAAAGCCGUCCUCGCACCCGAGAGCUACAGGACCCAGAGGUACGCGGAGAUGCUGCUGACCGUCAAGAAGAAUCUGCCGAUGCUGGAUCAUAUCAUCGUUUACGCCGACGAUCACGUGACAGGAACGAGGCGAUUCCGCGACGUCGAGAGUCUAGCGGAUAGAAAGGAGGUAGAGAUGGUAAAGGAGGAACAGGUGGAAAUCUCGCCGUACAAUGGGACCAAUAUUCAAUUCACUUCCGGCACGACGGGGAACCCCAAGGCUGUGCUGCUUUCACAGAGGGGACUGGUCAACAAUUCGAGACAGGCGGUAACGAGGCUCGACACGGACGGCCGAAAAAUCUGCCUCAACGUCCCGUACUUCCACGCGUUCGGUAUGGUGAUGGGAAUCGUGGGUCCGCUUCACGCCGGAUCCACGGUCGUACUGGAAAGUCCGACUUUCAAUCCGAUCAAGUCCAUCGAGGCCAUAAUCGCUGAGAAGUGUAGCGUCUGCUUCGGUACCCCAACCAUGUGGACCAACAUGAUUGACGUGCAAACUCGGACGGGGGCCAAGAUCGAUACGCUGUACACCGGAUCGACCGGAGGGGCACCUGCUUCGCCGGACCUUUACAAGAGGGUGAGGGAGUGUUUGAGGAUGGAGAGGAUAAAGUCCAUAUACGGCCUGACGGAAAACACGGCGAUCGUCAAUCAGGCUCUUCCCGAGGAGGAUAAUCAGCUCACGGAGACGACCAUCGGAUACAUUUCCGAUCACUUGGAGAUCAAAGUCAUAGACGAGAAGGGCGAGAUGGUUCCCUUCGGUACUCCAGGCGAGUUGUGCACCAGGGGCUACAGCAUAAUGUUGGGCUACUGGGACGACGAGGAGAGCACGAGGAAGGCGAUCAUGGAGGACGAAUGGCUGAAGACUGGAGAUCAAUACGUGCUUCGCGAGGAUGGAUACGGGAUCAUCGUUGGAAGACUCAAGGACAUGAUCAUCAGGGGCGGAGAGAACAUCUACCCGAAGGAAAUCGAGCACUUUCUGGAAUCACACCCCUCGAUACUGGAGGUCCACGCUUUCGGCGUCCACGACGACGUCUACGGCGAGGAGAUGUGCGCCUGCGUUCGUCUGCGCUCCGGAGCUAAAAUCAGCGUCGAUGAUGUCGUGAAUUACGCCAAGGGGAAGAUAGCCAAAUUCAAGAUCCCGAGGUACAUCGUCUUCCGCGAGGAGUUUCCGAAGACCACCAGCGGCAAGAUUCAAAAGUACAAAUUGAGACAGGAGAUGGAGGAUCAGGGAAUCGUGCCGAAAGCGCCGCAGAGCUGAUUUUAUUGAUCGUAUUGCUGUGAUGAACGUUCUGCGAUUUAGAGUAUUUUAUUCGUUUUUCCUUAUGAAGAAUUAAUUGACGGUUUACCGUAUUCUUUGAUGCAUUUGCAUGAUGUCGCCAUUGUGUACCAUAAAGUGUAGUAUUUUUAAUAAAUGACAGUUUUUUUAUAGAA